GAGAGGAAGCAGCUGGUGAUGCUGGAACAAACAUGGCCGCCCCGGCGCCCUUCGGCUUCUCGGGCUCCGGCAGUCCUCGGCUAGCCGCCGGCCUCCGGCUGUUCCCGCUGUUGGGGCUGCUGCAGCUGCUGGCCGCGCCCGGCCUGGGCCGCGUCCACCACCUGGCGCUCAAGGAUGAUGUGAGGCAUAAGGUUCAUCUGAACACCUUUGGAUUCUUCAAGAAUGGGUACAUGAAGGUGAAUGUCAGUAGCCUUUCAGUGAAUGAACCGAAAGGAGCCACAGACAAGGACUUAACUAUUGGAUUCAGCCUAGACCGAACAAAGAAUGAUGGAUUUUCUUCCUAUCUGGAUGAAGAUGUCAAUUACUGUAUUUUAAAGAAACAGUCUGCCUCUGUCACCCUUUUAAUCCUAGACAUCUCCAGAAGUGAAGUGAAAAUAAGAUCUCCACCAGAAGCUGGUACCCAGUUACCAAAGAUCAUCUUUACCAAGGAUGAGAAGGUUGUCGGUCAGAGCCAGGAGCCUGGUGGUAACCCUGUCUUAGCAGGCAGCCAGGCUCCGAAAGAACAAGAAAAUGGAAAGUCUAAAAGAAGUACUGUGGAUUCAAAGGCAACAGGAGAGAAAUCCUUUUCUGUUCAUAAUAAUGAUGGGGCAGUUUCAUUCCAGUUUUUCUUUAACAUCAGCACUGAUGACCAAGAAGGCCUCUACAGUCUUUAUUUUCAUAAGUGUCUUGGAAGUGACGUUUGGUCUAAUGACAAGUUUUCGUUCAGCCUCGAUAUCGAGAUCACAGAGAAGAAUCCUGACAGCUACCUCUCAGCAGGAGAAAUUCCUCUCCCCAAAUUGUACAUUUCCAUGGCCUUCUUCUUCUUUCUCUCUGGGACCAUCUGGAUUCACAUCCUUCGAAAACGACGGAAUGAUGUCUUUAAAAUUCACUGGCUGAUGGCUGCCCUUCCUUUCACCAAGUCUCUUUCCUUGGUGUUCCACGCAAUCGACUACCACUACAUCUCCUCCCAGGGCUUCCCGAUCGAAGGGUGGGCUGUGGUGUACUACAUCACUCACCUCUUGAAGGGGGCACUGCUGUUCAUCACCAUCGCACUCAUCGGCACUGGCUGGGCUUUCAUUAAGCACAUCCUUUCUGAUAAAGACAAGAAGGUCUUCAUGGUUGUCAUCCCGCUGCAGGUCCUGGCCAACGUGGCCUACAUCAUCAUAGAGUCCACCGAGGAGGGAACGACAGAGUACGGCCUGUGGAAGGACUCCCUGUUUCUGGUUGACCUGCUGUGCUGCGGGGCCAUCCUCUUCCCGGUGGUGUGGUCAAUCAGGCAUUUACAAGAAGCAUCAGCCACAGAUGGAAAAGCUGCUAUUAACUUGGCGAAGCUGAAACUUUUCAGACAUUACUACGUCCUGAUCGUAUGUUACAUAUACUUCACCAGGAUUAUUGCAUUUCUCCUCAAACUCGCUGUUCCGUUCCAGUGGAAGUGGCUCUACCAGCUCCUGGAUGAAAUGGCCACGCUGGUGUUCUUUGUUCUCACGGGGUAUAAGUUCCGUCCAGCUUCAGACAACCCCUAUCUACAACUUUCUCAGGAAGAAGAUGACUUGGAAAUGGAAUCUGUAGUGACGACGUCAGGGGUGAUGGAGAAUAUGAAGAAAGUCAAGAAGGUGACCAACGGCUCGGUGGAGCCGCAGGGCGACUGGGAAGGCAGCGCGUGACGGAGCGGCUCGGAGGGGCGAGGGCAGAGACUUCUAAUCUAUUCGCAGUCCGGUUGGUCAGCGGAAGCGUCGGCCCCUCGCGACGGCGACACCGCAGAGCUCACGGCUGGAGCCAAGCGCCACGGAGGCCCAACUUCUCACUCUUUUCUGGACACCUGGUGCGCGCUGGUGACAGGCAGCUCGCAUUCUCCUUCAGGUGGGAGUGGCGGGGAGGGAGUGUAAGAGGAGGCAGGGAAAGGAAGCCUUUGUUUUUAAUUUCUAUUUCCGCUUUUUAAUUGGGGAGCUCUUCAGGGAGAUGCAGUUGUGACCCAGUGUGUAGCAGGGAGUGCUGGCAGAUGGGGGACCCCGCCGGCCCAGGAAGGGUCUUCAGGCGGUGAGCUGCUGUCGAGAGGGGGCUCAGGGACUCACAGAGAAGGCCGGGGUGGGGGCGGGGGGCAAGUGUCACUGCAUCUUCAGGGAGGAAACAGAUGAGGUUAUUUUACAAAGAAAACCGAGACUCAGUGUAGCAUGAGGAGCCUGCCCCGGGGUUCCUGGCCCUGAGUGUCACCCCAGACCUUCGUCCUGCAUUCUGAAAGUGACCAGGGGCAGCGGUUGUCUGAGGGCCGUGGUGUCACCGUCCAUCAGGGUCCUGCUCGUGGCAAAUGGUUUCCUGCCUGAUGGAUGGACAGAACUAUGUUCUUAAGCUCGAAAAGCCGCCUCUGCUGGGAUUUCCCUGGCUUCCCCAACGGCUCAGGGCAGCGCCAUCUCUGGUGGCCCUGUCCGCUCCUCUCUCAGCUGCCCCUGCCCUGUGUGAUUAGAAGCAGAGGAAUGGGAAGGACUUUCCUUCAGGAGCAGCUUGGGGCAGGAGGGGUCCUGUUAAAGCAAACCCUUCAGUCCAAGCAAGCUUUCCCUGUGAGCCGGGCAGGACUCGUGAAUGGAGGAGCGGCGCGGACCUCGUCCCUGUGUUCCAGGAGCACGCGUGUGAAGAAGGGUGUGAUGAGUGGUUCUACUCUCGGGGUCUGGGGAUGGGGAACCCCUUUCAGGAAUCUCAGUGAGGUUCUCUUCCAAACUUGCAGAGCGUGGAGCUGACCAUGGGUGGGGAUGGCACUGCCGCUCCGUUGGGAGCUGAGGUCUUUGGAUAAUGGGGCGAGCCCAGAAGGUCUGCCGUGACCUGGGGCGUAGCAGGGCUUGCCGGUCACCUCCUGCUAAGGCUCUGGCUGCCGGGGCCCAAGACGGGGACUGAGACACCGUGUCGGGCACAUGGGGUGCUGGCCAUGCAGGUGGCUCCCAGCGCCCGCGUGUGUCAGAAGCCUGAGCCCUCCCUCACCUCCUGAGUGCCAGACGGUGACGGCGGCUGGGGGUGCUUCUUGGACCACUGGCCUGGAGGGGCCGAUGAGAAGCCACAAGAUUUAGGGGUGCCGCUCAGCAUCCCUGGUUUAGGAACCUGAAGAGUCUCUACUGAGAAAACAGUGGUUUUCCCUUCCCUGUGCCCCUGACUGUUCCCAGCUGACCAUGAGGACGCACGCGUCCCUUGUGCGCUCUUUGAUAUCCCCCCGUGCUCUCCCGGCACGACCUCCACGGGGCUCGGUCCCAGCCCGGUGUGGAGAGGAGCGAGCAGGCUGGCCUGACCCUGCCCUUCGCCUUUCCACAGAUAUUUUCGGGGAGGUUCGUGUGUUCGCCUGUCUUCAGGAGCCAGGAAAUAUGCCCUGAGUAUUAGCUAAGGGACUUUCUUUUUGAGUUAACUCGGAGCCAUGCAACAGGAGAAGGAAGCGGCCCGGAGAACGGGGGCAUUUUUCCAGACUCCUGUCUUCCUGUGUGUAGACGCCAUCCCCACACCUCAGGAACGUGUCUCCUGCCGCGGCCCAAACCCCCUCCGGUGCUCCCCUCCGAAGGACUCGUUUGCUGUUUGUCCUGCGAGUCGCUGUCCUUGACAAGGCUGUAGACUUCUUGGCAGGAACCAGAGGUUUGAGGGACACCCCCACCUCUCCCCAGCCCCCACCCCUGCCGCCCUGAAGGUCUCCAUGGAGGUGUCUUCAGUUCCUGGCCUGGAGACAGGGACGGCAGUACGUGCAGAUGAGGGCGCACGUGUGGGCAGGCCCUGGCCCGCCGCAGCCACAGGAGGGCAGGAGCCCCCCAGGCUGGACCAUCUUCAAACCCCCGUGUCCCCCGCUCUGGGCGCCUCUAGGCUCACGGAAGGGCUGAGUUGGCUGCAGUGGUACGGUCCUGACCCUUCAGGAGCAGGACGGUACAGGUGAGAGAAGGUAGUGGAUCCGAAGUGAAAGUCAGGCCGAAGCCUUCCUAACAAGUGGGUCGUCUGCCCGCCUCCUGUGUUGUAACUGGCAAGAAGGUUUGAAGUCAGGCCGAUGAGGAAGGAAAAUCAAAGCCCCAGUCCAAGACCAGGCGGUGGUAGUGCCCGCGUUUCCAAAAUUACUUAAGCUCUUCAUCCUUUUCCAUAAACCUGUGGUUGUCCCUCUGUCGCUUGGAUGGCUAUGAGCAGCGCUCAGCCCUCACCCUAGAGUGAGGAUGCGGGGUUGGGGUCCAAAGCCAGGCCUUCUCCCCAGCAGACAGCCGCUCGCUGUGGCCUGACGGUCAGAGCCUGCGCGGCUCGUGCUGAGCGCUGUCGGGGUGGUUAAACCCUCCCUCUUAGUGUUGGAGGAUCGGGCAGAGAGGAUUGUGCAUGUCAGGAGUGAUCAGUGGUAUUUAUAGCUUCGCUUUCUGCCCCUGCUCCCCGAAUCUGCCUGUGAGAGACACCCUUGCCUCCUCUGAGAAACCGGCCGUGGACCAGAAGUGCCACUGGCUGCCAGAUUUUAGGAGGUAAAAGGGUCUGUUUUCCUUUAAUAAAGUGUGUAUUUUGCUAGAAAAUCACUUUUUGGACAGUAAGAACAAUCACUGAUCUCUCCCUUUUUUAGUUUUUGAAAUCGUUGAUCUCUUAAUCCUGACUCUUAACAGUGGCCAGAGACUCCAUUAGCCCAUUUCUCCGUCGCUCGGUGCUGUAACGUUUUAGCAGCGCCGCGUCCGCUGAACACACCUGGGGGCGCGUUCUCUUGUAAGGAGAAGCUUGCUCUAGUGUAAAAGAUGGUUUCUCAGAUCAUAGCCUGAGCCCAGUUUUCUUUCCAGAAACCACUCUAGAGUAAAAUUUACAGGGUUCCCCCCCCCCGCCCCCGCCCCUUGGACAUAUCCAGCCAGCGAAGGCGGCACCCAGUCUCUUCAUGAUGCAACUCCGUGGGGCUGUCAGGGCAAGGGGUCUGCUCCCUCGCUGUGACCUCCCCACGACCCACAUCCCUCCGCCUCUCCGCUCGCUCUCCCCUCCUUUUGGCCCAGGCCCGCCAGGCCCACGUGGGCUCAGCCUGGCAGCACAGGCUGAAGCCCUUGGUGCAUUGCAUCAUUCUCUGCCGUUUGUGAGAAGGAUGUAUUUUCCAAGCUCGGGAGAAUUUUAUCCCGAGCACAUAUGAUCGCUUUCGACCGUGUGUGACGUUCUGCCCCCACAUGGAAAUGGAUGUCUUGUUUUAGUCCUCACCGACCAAGGAGUGGUGUCACAGAUGCUGGUUUCCACUGUGAGUGGCUCUAGCCGUCUCCUGGGGCCUGAGACAGGCUACCCCACACACCCUGCAGAGCACUGGGGCCGUUGGUGCUUCCUGCUGCCCAGCAGCUGAACUUCAGAGGAGCCGGGUCGUCGCCUACCCGUCUUCCUGCCCCACACUCCACACCUCACCCUUGCUUCCCUGACCCACCCCAACCUUGAGCAGAUUCGGAAUUGGCUGAGUCCAGGGUGCUGUGGCCUGCGGGUUUUUCUUCUUCUUAAGAAUUCAGUAAAUUAAUGGUUUUCCCACUGAAGAAGUUAAAUUAGAUUUUGUCUUGAUACCUCUUGGUAUAUCAGAAACAAACCACACCAGACUUUCUAGAAGAUCUGCUCCUUUACUCCGCUUUUUUCCCGGUGUUUUCAGGCAGGAGGUCUUAAGAGCUUCACCUGAGUUGAUGCUAGUCCUUGUCACCUCCACCUGGAAUGCAGUUAUUGAUUGGCAAGCUGGACACUCUCCAGCUUCCCCCGGGGCCUCUCCUCUCACCUGGCGAUGCACCCGCCCACUCUGCACGGUGUGUGCCUGACAGAUAGUGUUUCUGGGACAUGGACACGCACCUCCCCUGCGGGGCUGUGUGAAGAACGAAGCCAGGGGAGGGACAGGGAGGUGCCGGAGCCAAGAUUCGCUUGUCACACCAGGGACCUUUGGGCUUCCGGCUGUUUGGGAGGGGGGUCCCUGAUUAAGUCAGUAAAGGUCAAGGUCAGACAGAGAACUUAGCUCACUCCCAAGACAGCAAGCUUGUCUCGAGGCAGGGUCUGAGGUUUGGUGGUGGGCAGGCAUGUCAGUCAGGGAGCCAGCUGUCAGCCUUCUUAGUAUUUAAGACACUCAUUACAAAAGGAUCCAAAAAUCCUGUCUGCACAAGGGGGUUUCUUGACGCCUUAAGCAGCUUCUGCAGAUCGUAAAAUUGGAUUUACCUGGUCAUGUGACCUCAAAAGAACUCAGACACAUCCAAUCCAGAAAAUAAGUUUCAUUUGGGGGAGAAAAUGUCUGUAAAUAUUCUUUGCUUUCCAGGUUAGUUUGGGAUGCAGAGGGAGUUGUCAGUAUUUUUUUUUUCUUUUUUAAACGCUGAUGAUUAUUGAAGAGUAUUUAUGUAAACAUAUAACAGGUGGGGGUUCCGAUCAGGGUGAUGUAGAGGGUGGAUUCUCUUGCUGUGAUGCAGACAUGUAAAAUAAAGAUUCUAUGGCGGAAAUGUA